CUGCUUGAUAGAACAUAUGAUCAUCCUUACCACAAGAAGUUAGAGGGAAGUUAUGAAAUUGUUUGGAUCUCAAUUUCUGAUACAUGGACUGAUGCUGAAAGGGACAUACUCGAUUUUUUGUCAAACUCUUUGCCAUGGUACUCAGUCAGGCGACCGUGGGUGCUCUACCAAGCUGUUGUGAACUACAUAAAACAAGAAUGGGACUACAAAAAUGUCCCUCCUAUUGUAGUGUUUGGAUUCACAAGGUAUGGUCAGAAAAUCAAAUGCAAUGGAUAUGUUGUUCAUCUGGGGUGCCAGAGCAUACCCCUUCUCAACUUCGAAAGAAAAGGAACUCUGGGACGAAGAGAAUUGGACCCUGAAACUUUUGCUUGAUGAAAUUGACCCUCUAUUAACCACCUGGGUAGAAGAAGGCAGAAAUAUUUGCAUUUAUGGAAGUGACAACCUAGACUGGAUUAGGGAAUUCAAUGCCACAUGUAAGGUGAUCAGAAAUGCUGGUGUGCAACUUGAAAUGGUGUAUGUUGGCUGCAAAGACCUUGGCGAACAAGUAAGACGCCUGUUAGCUAUUAUCGAUGAAGAACUGCACAGAAGUUUAUUCUCUUUCACAAAACUUCAUUUCUUUUGGCUUCGGUUGGAGAGUAUCAGAAGAUCAGAACUCCAACUGGGCUAUGUGUUCAUAAUUGCAAGAGGAGCUGUGAGCUGGAUUUUUAAACUUCAGACUGUUGUAGCAUUGUCCAUAACAGAAACUGAGUACAUGGCAGCUACACAAGCAUGUAAAGAAGCAAUAUGGAUGAAGAAACUUAUGGAGAAGCUCGGGUACAAAUAA